GGGACACUGUCACUUUAAGAAGCUUCCUCUUGACGCCGCACGUGGUCGGACCAACAUGGCGACGCCCUGCACUGUUUAAGCAGAAGUAAAAUCAGCGUUAUUAGACGUGUAAAGCAGCCAACAGGGUGAUGGCGGAUCUUCCAGGUGAUGCUGCUGCAUCCUCCAAGGAGGAAAACCCUGAUGAUCUCAUCCAAGACUCCAACACUGAUGCCCCCACAUCCGAUCCUGCAGCUGAAGGUAGCGAGGCCAGCUCCGAUCCCAACAAGUACCGUUACAUCAAAGAAGACCUCUUUACCUCAGAGAUCUUCAAAGUUGAAAUCAGAAAUCUGCCCAAGUUCAUCGGCUUUAACGACCUGAAGAAGUUCCUGGUCAAGCACUGCUUGAACCCUCACAAGAUCAAGCUCUUCGGCAAGCAGAGGUUUGCCUUCGUCACCUUUAAGAACGAGGAGGAGCGCGACAAGGCGAUGAAGAUGGUGCACGGCAUGCAGUGGAAGGGUCAGGUCCUGAGCAUCAGGCUGGCCAAACCCAAAGCGGACCCCAUCCUGGGUAAGAGGAGUCGAGAGGAGGGAGAAGGACCGGCGUCUAAGAGACCAGAGAGGGAAGAGGAGCCGCUCAGUGUGCAGAUCGCCAACGCUGUGACUCCUCUGUGGAAUGUGCCUUAUGAGGAGCAGCUGAAGAUGAAGGAGCAGGAAGUGGUGGAAACUCUGCAAAGACUGGCCAAGGAGAUUGGCAGCACCAACAAGGCCUUACUGCCAUGGAUCUUUGCACAGAAAGCGAAAUUAAACAAAAUGUGUUGUCCUCUUGAAACUAUCCGACCUUCUCCAACACAGACGGAGUACAGAAACAAGUGUGAGUUCCUCAUCUCGGUGGGGGCUGACGGGGAGGAUCAGACCAUCGGUUUCCGCCUGGGGAAGUAUAAAGGAGGCUCCUGCGCUGUGGUGGGACCAGCGGAGACCUGCCAUGUGUCCACCGAGGCGAAGCGGGUGGUCCACCAGUUUCAGAAGUUCAUCAGAACCACCCCGUAUUCUGUGUACAGUCCCGAGACAUACGAAGGCCACUGGAAGCAGCUAACUGUCCGCACCACCAGGACCAAACAAGCUAUGGCCAUCAUCUUCUUCAACCCACAGAAACUUGAGGAAGAGCAACUCAACACCUUGAAGAGCUUGAUGAAGACCUAUUUCUUUGAAGGGGACGGUAAAGAGAGCGGAAUCACCUCUCUGUACUUUGUUCGUGAGGGUCAGAGAACAUCUCCCAACCUAGAAGACCUGCCCUGUGAGCUCGUGGCUGGAGAGAGCUGCAUUCACGAGGAGCUGCUCGGCCUGAAGUUCAGGAUAUCCCCUCACUCCUUCUUCCAGGUGAACACAGGAGCUGCAGAGGUGCUGUACUCCGCGGUGGGGGACUGGGCCCAGCUGGAUCAGGACAGCACGGUUCUGGAUGUUUGCUGUGGGACGGGAACCAUCGGGAUCUCCCUGGCUAAAAGAGUGAAAAAGGUGAUUGGGAUUGAGCUCUGUCAGGAAGCAGUGGAAGACGCCAAAAUAAAUGCAAAGCUGAAUGAUCUCAGCAAUGUUGAGUUUCACUGCGGGAAAGCAGAGGACGUGUUCCCCAACAUCCUGAACGCUCUGGUGUCGCCCAACCUUACAGCUAUUGUGGAUCCACCCAGAGCCGGCCUCCACUCCAAAGUCAUCCUUGCCAUCAGGAGAGCAGAACAUCUGAAGAGGCUGGUGUAUGUGGCCUGCAACGCCAAGGCAGCCAUGACCAACUUUAUCGACCUGUGCAGAUCUCCCUCUAACAGAGUUCGUGGAGCUCCGUUCCGUCCGGUGCGAGCGAUGGCAGUGGAUCUGUUUCCACAGACGAAGCACGUGGAGCUGCUUCUACUCUUUGAGCGGGUGGACUACGACUCCCAGCAGCAGACUUAGUAUCGACCAGACUGAUUUACUUUUCUUUUUCUAAAUUUCCACAUUUCCUAUCUUUAGGAUAAUAUUUUUCCCUCUUGUAUCUAAAUGCUCACAAAGUCUUCAAAUGUAAAAAGAAGUACUAAGUUUUGUCUGUUUGUGUGAAUAAAACCAAUUCUAAUUGACA